AUGACGGACUUCAAGGGACACUGCCAUUGCAAGCAGACGGAAUGGACUGCCACGCUGGAGAAGGAUCAGCAGGCUCAUGUUCUAUGCCAUUGCAACACUUGCAAAGAACUCUCCGGCUCGACGUACACACUCAAUCAGAUCAUCCCUACAAAAGCCCUCAAGAUCACCAAGGGCAAUGAUCUAGGCAAAUACACAUACAAGGGUGACUCUGGAAAAGGUGUUCACUGCUUUUACUGCAAGAACUGCACCACACACGUGUACCACCAGCAGGAAGUCCUGGGUGAUGAUAAGAUUAUCCUAAGGACAGGGUUAUUGGAGAAAGGUAUCAAGAACUUCCAGCCUGGCGCGGAGAUCUUCGGUAAGGACCGGUUGCCAUGGGAGAAGGAGGUUGCGCAGACCUUUGAAGUUAUGCCACCUUCGUAG